AUGGAACACACAGAGAAAAACCACCUUCACAUAGCCAUGUUUCCAUGGCUAGCCUAUGGCCAUCUCAUGCCGUUUCUCGAAGUCUCCAAGUUCCUAGCUCAACAAGGUCACCGCAUAUCCUUCAUCUCCACCCCUAAAAACCUCCACCGCCUCCCAACCUCCUCCUUAUCCUCGCUCAUCAAACUCAUCGAGCUUCCAAUGCCCGCCGUCGACGGCCUUCCUCAGUCGGCGGAGUCCACCGCCGACAUACCCAUCAACAAGGUCCCGUACCUCAAAAAGGCCUACGACAAGCUCGAGCUUCCUCUCACGCAUUGUCUCGAACAUUCCGACGUCGACUGGAUCGUUCAUGAUUUCGCGUCCCACUGGCUACCCCGAGUCGCGACUCGGCUAGGGAUCAACUCGGUUUACUUCACCAUCGUCAAUGCCACUUCCAUGGCCUUCUUUGGCCCGCCGUCGGAGCUUCUCGCCGGUCAACGCCAGCGGCCGGAGGACUUCACCGUCGUCCCUGAGUGGAUCGACUUUCCUGAUUUUAACGUGGCGUUUAAGCUGCAUGAGAUGGUCAGUCACUGGGACUCCAUGGACGAUGAGGUCUCCGAUUUCCGGAGGUUGGCCGGUGUUAUUCAAGGUUGCGAUUUCGUGGCCACCAGGACCUGCCCCGAGUUCGACGGCGACUCACUGAGUUUGCUCCCGAUAUUGUACGGCAAACCGGUGGUUCCGGUCGGGAUGUUGCCUCCCUUUUUACAAGAGGACCAAUCGGAAGAUGACACGUGGCUGGUUUUGAGAGAGUGGCUCGAUAAGAGGAGAGAGAAGUCGGUGGUUUACAUCGCACUCGGCACGGAGGUGACUCUGAGUCAAGAAGCGAUGCACGAGUUGGCGCGUGGGAUAGAGAAAUCCGGGUUGUGUUUUAUUUGGGUGUUGGGCAAUCGUCAAGUAGCUCAAGGUCCGGAUAUAAUUCCUGUCGGGUUUGAGACCCGAGUUCGAGACCGGGGUUUGGUGUGGAGGGGUUGGGCUCCACAACUUAGGGUUUUGGGUCACUCGUCGAUUGGGGGUUUCUUGACUCAUUGCGGUUGGAGUUCGGUGAUCGAGGCGCUCGGGUUUGGUCGGGUGUUGAUUUUGUUUUCCGGGGCAAGCUCGGAUCAAGGGUUGAUCACGAGACUGAUGCACAACAAGCGAGUCGGGUUGGAGAUACCGAGGGAUGAUCGAGAUGGGUCAUUUAGUAGUGAAGCAGUGGCCGAGUCGAUUAGACAAGUCAUGGUGGACAGAGAAGGGGAGCCACUUAGGGCAAAUGCUUGGGCCAUGAAGGAAGUUUUUGGCAACUUAGAUUUGAACAACAGGUAUCUGGAUGAGUUCACUCAAUUCCUUGAAACUUGGCCAACUUCAAUGUCUUAA